AUUACGCCUCCAGCCAUGAAGACGAACGGACGGGACAACUACGCUCUUAGUGUGGACGGCACGAUCGGGGUGUCGGCGGAGGGCUGGGACGCCGGGCACCAAGGAAGGAGGUCGAGGGCAGUCCGUCCUUGGACGUGUUGCCAGGUCACCCUCAUGGUCCUGGCCUCUGGGUGCGUGGCGAUGAGCGUGGCGAUGCUGGCGGGAGGGUACCAGGCCAUGUUUGACGCUGUGCUGAAGGCGAACAUGGAGGUGGUGGAGGGCUCGCGGGCGUACGACAUCUGGCGCGUGACCCCCGUGCCAAUGUUCCUCCGCUUCUACUUCUUCAACAUCACCAACCCGGAGGAGUUCGCGGCGGGGGGCAAGGCGGCACUACAGGAGGUGGGGCCCUACUGCUACAGGGAGUACCACGAGAAGCAGAACGUGUCCUUCCACGGCAACGACACGGUGACCUUCCUGCAGCAGCGGUGGUGGGUGUGGGACGCAGAGACCUCGGGGAACAACACUCAGGAAGACCCCAUCGUCAACCUUAACACCAUACCCAUUUCCUCGGCGUGGGGCGUGCGGGACAGUCCGGGGCAGCUCACCAGUCUCAACCUGUUCUUCAAGAAAAAGGAGGAACCGCUCAUCCUUACAGCCACGGCCGGGCAGCUCAUCUUCGACGGGUACACGGACCCGCUGCUGGACUGGAUGCAGAACGCCACGCUGCCCCCGGAGGUCGACCUGCCCCCUGGCCUCACCGACUACGACAAAUUCGCGUGGUUCUACAAGCGCAACUUGUCCCUUACGUACGAUGGAGAGUUCAACAUGUACACAGGCCACGACACCCUUGACAAUUUGGGGAGAAUCGACACAUGGAACAGAGUGCGGGAGACGGACUUCUACGAGAGCCCGUGUAACCGCGUCGGAGGCUCUGCGGGAGAGAUGUGGCCACCGAACAGAGGCAAGGACCUGAUCGACUUCUACAGCCCCGACCUUUGCAUGACCAUGCCUGUAUAUUAUGAGGAGGAGGUCGAGAUAAGAACGGCCUCCUGCCCAAUGCCACAUAGGCAACAAUCACACCUUUGCCAACGGAGCGUGGUGCCGGGAAACGAGGCUACUGUGUCGACGGAACCUGCGCUACAGUUCAACAUGGACCUCAUACCG